GUCAGCUCUGAACUUGGAAUCCUGGGCUGGUGUUUCUUAGUGUGUGCUGACUCCUUCUGCUAAAGAUGGCUCAGAAACAGGCAGUUCUGGCUGUGCUCCUUUUCUUGCCAAUCAACCUGGUUGAAACUCACGACAGAGUGAUUGUAGAGGCUGGCCAUGAAGCUGUGCUGAGUUGCCCCAGGAUCUCCAAGGUGGAUUGCAUACUGGUCUUAUGGAAGAUGAAUUGCAGCACUUGCUGUGUGCUGUCCUACAGAAGGGAUAUAAAUGAGACAAAGAGGAACAACUGCAGUGAGAGGAUCACAUGGAAAUACUCACCUGUCAUUGACCUUGCACUUCGUAUUUACCCUGUGAACCUCAAGGAUGAGGGAAAUUACACCUGUCAAAUUGUCAGUGGGGAAGGGAAUUUUGAUUGUUUCUUUUCUCUGACUGUGAUAGUCCCUCCUACGGUGACUCUGACCCACGACCCGAGCAGGGUGGCUGUCUGUCAGGCAGCUGCAGGAAAGCCACCUGCUGACAUCUCCUGGAUCCCUGCAAGCAAUCACAGCUCUGAGGAAGAAUUCCAUCACCCCAAUGGAACAGUGACCAGAGUGAGCUACUUUGGCUGGACCAACAGCUCAAUUCCCUCUGUCACCUGCCUGGUGACUCACCCAGCCAUGAACCAGACUCUGGACUUGGAGCUGAGAUGUAAAUAAUGUUAUUUUAUGAUUGCUUUUCAUCAUGCUUUGGGCUCCUCUCUGCUGUUCUGUGCAGCUG